AAUUGUUAGUACAGUCUAUCUUGCUUGCUGCAAGUCCUCCCUCUGCUGAGACAUGCACUCCGGUGCCGCGUUCCUUUAUUUUUUUUUCUGUCUUUUUCAUGUUUUCUUCCUGUUGUUUUUCUUCUUAAAUGUGUAAAGUGAAGAGUUCCUCUUCCCCCCUCUCCCUUUCCACUGCACAGAACAACCUCCCGUUGAUUACACGCUGGAACUGUUGCUACUUUGCCAGAGGGGAGAGUGAACCUGUGCCUGCAUGCGUGUAUGUGUAAAAUAGACAGAAAAAUGUCAAUGAACAGCAGGAAAAGUUCUGGGAGACCGUCCUACUACUAUCGUCUGCUCCGGAGGUCACGACUUCAGAGACAGCGAAGCAGAUCCCGGAGCCGGAACAGGCCGCUUAGUAGGGAGUCCCCCCCCGAGAGGUGUGGACAGAGGCGCACGAUGCCCAGCGGGGUGGCGGAGCGGAACCCCACCAUGGAGCCUGCAGCCACAACGCCCUUCCGCGUCACGGGGUUCCUCAGCCGCCGGCUUAAAGGCUCCAUCAAAAGGACAAAGAGCCAACCGAAGCUCGAUAGGAACAGCAGCUUCCGGCACAUCUUACCUGGCUUCAGGAGCGUGGACAAUGAGAGAUCCCAUCUAAUGCCGAGGCUGAAAGAAUCGCGCUCCCACGAGUCUCUGCUCAGUCCCAGUAGUGCUGUUGAGGCUUUGGAUCUCAGCAUGGAGGAAGAAGUGGUCAUCAAGCCGGUCCACAGCAGCAUCCUGGGACAAGACUACUGCUUUGAGGUGACGACUUCAUCAGGAAGUAAGUGCUUCUCGUGUCGUUCUGCAGCAGAGCGAGAUAAAUGGAUGGAAAACCUGCGGCGUGCCGUGCACCCAAAUAAGGACAACAGCAGAAGAGUGGAGAAUAUGUUAAAGUUAUGGAUUAUCGAAGCCAAGGACCUGCCAGCUAAGAAAAAGUACUUGUGUGAAUUAUGCCUGGAUGAUGUUCUUUAUGCACGAACUACCUGUAAAUUGAAAACUGAUAAUGUCUUCUGGGGGGAGCACUUUGAAUUUAAUAACCUCCCAUCGCUCAAAAACAUUACGGUGCACUUAUACAAAGAGACUGACAAGAAGAAGAAGAAGGACAAGACCAAUUUCAUCGGACAAGUGAACAUCCCUGUGAGCUCUGUCACGGGCCGGCAGUUCGUGGAGAAGUGGUACCCUGUGGUCAGCCCCAACCCUGGGAAGGGCAAAUCCCCGGGGCCCAUGAUCCGCAUUAAGUCACGCUACCAGAGCAUGAGCAUUCUUCCCAUGGAGAUGUACAAAGAAUUCGCCGAGUACAUCACUAACAACUACAUGGUGCUGUGCUCAGUGCUGGAGCCUUCGCUGAGUGUGAAGAACAAAGAGGAGAUGGCGUCUGCGCUGGUGCACAUCCUGCAGAGCACAGGCAAGGCCAAGGAUUUCUUGACUGACCUGAUGAUGUCUGAAGUUGAUCGCUGUGGUGAGAAUGAGCAUCUCAUUUUCAGGGAGAACACACUGGCCACCAAAGCAAUCGAGGAAUACCUGAAGUUGGUGGGACAGAAAUACUUGCAAGAUGCCUUAGGGGAAUUUAUCAAGGCUCUCUAUGAAUCAGAUGAAAACUGCGAGGUGGAUCCCAGUAAGUGUUCAUCCUCAGACCUCCCUGAACAUCAGAGCAACCUGAAGAUGUGCUGCGAGCUGGCCUUCUGCAAAAUCAUCAACUCCUACUGUGUCUUCCCAAGGGAGCUCAAAGAAGUUUUUGCCUCGUGGAGACAGGAGUGCAGCAACCGUGGCCGCCCAGACAUCAGCGAGCGACUGAUCAGUGCCUCCCUGUUCCUCCGCUUCCUCUGCCCAGCUAUCAUGUCCCCUUCCCUCUUCAGUCUCCUGCAGGAGUACCCGGACGACCGCACUGCGCGCACUUUGACCCUCAUUGCCAAGGUCACCCAGAACCUGGCCAACUUUGCCAAGUUUGGCAGCAAAGAGGAAUAUAUGUCUUUUAUGAAUCAGUUUCUGGAGCAUGAGUGGACCAACAUGCAGAGAUUCCUACUGGAGAUUUCCAAUCCAGAAACCAUCUCAAACACAGCUGGCUUUGAAGGCUACAUUGACCUGGGCCGGGAACUGUCCACUUUGCACUCGCUGCUCUGGGAAGUCAUUUCUCAGCUGGAGCAGAGCACUGCAACAAAACUUGGCCCUCUGCCGCGGAUCCUGAGGGACGUCAACUCGGCGCUCAGUAACCCGGCCUGCGUGCAGGUCUCAGUCACAGCUGAUCACACUGCAUCCACACCCAGUGCUGGGAACAGCAUCUCUGCAGGGCUGCAGAAAAUGGUGAUAGAGAAUGACUUAUCUGGUCUGAUAGAUUUCACACGGUUACCAUCUCCAACCCCCGAAAACAAGGACUUGUUUUUUGUCACAAGGUCUGCUGGGGCCCAGCCCUCGCCUGCCCGAAGCUCCAGUUACUCAGAGGCCAAUGAGCCCGACGUGCAGAUGUCAAAUGGCAGCAAGAGUUUGUCCAUGGUGGACUUGCAGGACAAUCGGCUCUUGGACAGCGGGGCCAACGCGCCCGGCGCUGCCGACUCCCUCAACGACAGUCAGUCGUCCCUGGGGCAGUUGCAGGGCGUGUGGACCACUCGGACUCAGCAGAGCAGCAUGGCGGGUAUGGCCACAGUGCGCCGCGUGGGCCAGACGCCCACCACGCCGAGCGGUGAGAGCGCGCCCGGCCGGCCCCAGCUGCUGGCCCCGCUCUCCUUCCAGAACCCCGUGUACCAGAUGGCCGCCGGGCUGCCGCUCUCGCCCCGCGGCCUGGGCGAUUCCGGCUCCGAGUGCCACAGCUCACUCAGCUCCCACAGCAACAGCGAGGAGCUGACGGCCAACAAACACGGCUUCGCCGGCCCCGCCGCCAGCGAGGACUUCACCCGCCGGACGGGGGAACUGGCCCGGCGGCAGCUCUCGCUUUCAGAGAAGGGUGGGCAGCCCACCAUGCCAAGGCAGAACAGCGCGGGACCGCAGCGGCGGAUAGACCAGCCACCGCCGCCGCCACCACCGCCCGUCACCCGGGGCAGGACGCCGCCCUCGCUGCUGAACACGGUGCAGUACCAGCGGCCUUCCAGCGGCAGCAUGAUGUCCUCCUCACCCGACUGGCCCGGCAGCGGGGCCCGUCUCCGGCAGCAGUCCUCCUCCUCCAAGGGCGACAGCCCCGAGAUGAAGCAGCGCACCAUGCACAAACAGGCCCCUUCUCCUGUGAACCCCAGUGCCCUGGACCGCACUGCUGCUUGGCUUUUGAAUAUGAACAUGCAGUUUUUAGAAGAUGAAAGCAUUGACCCAGAUUCCAAGCACAGGGAUAAGCUCAGGAAUAAGGACGAGCUCAGCCAAGCAGAAAAGUACCAGCAGGACCUGGUGGUGCUGCAGGACAAGUUGCGCAUCUCCAACAAGAAGCUGGAGGAGUACGAGACACGCUUCAAAUGCCAGGAGGAGACAACGCAGAAACUGAUGCUGGAGUACCAGGCCAGGCUGGAGGAGAGUGAGGAGCGGCUGCGGAGACAGCAGGAGGAUAAGGAGAUCCAGAUGAAGGGCAUCAUCAGCAGGCUGAUGUCAGUUGAGGAGGAGCUGAAAAAAGACCAUGCAGAAAUGCAGGCUGCCGUGGACUCCAAGCAGAAGAUCAUUGAUGCACAGGAGAAACGCAUUGCUUCAUUGGAUGCUGCCAACGCACGGUUAAUGAGUGCCCUUACUCAGCUGAAAGAGAGUAUGCAUUAGAAAAAAAAAGAGCCCAUUUUCUGGAAUACUGUCCUCUUUAAAUUGGGAAUGAGCACUGCAUGGAAAUUAACCGGCCUGAAGAAUGUAAAACAUGGUCAUAAGGGAGUAACCAACAGGAACAGCAGCCACCACCGAGAGCCCCCUUGUCAGGAGCACUGUGCAGGCAUAAGCCAGGAUUAGACUUUCCUAACUGCCGAGACACGCAGCCCCGGCACACACAGACGUGUUGCUCAGCGGAGGGGUCUCCUCCUUAACGGGGGAUUGUGCCGCUGACCCGCCGCCACGGUGUUUGUUGGUUUGUGGUUGUCCAGUUAGUCCUUCACGACUCCCAGUCUCAGAGCAGGUCACUCGGACCGAGAGCCAGAGAGAUUUCUCUGAGACACGGAUGACAGUGUACAGUGUACAGGACAUCUGCCUAUUCCUCCCAUAAAGGUUAACACACUGCUGACCGCCUGUCCCAGCUCCUCCUGCCACGUGUAAAUGUACAGUCAAAGGUACUAGGACGUUCACUGAGCUCUGCACAGCUUAGGUACCACCUGCAGCCUGAGCAGGACGUGAUGUGCCAUAAGCUCUGCACUGCCAUGCUGCAAGGCUCACUAACAGCAUCUUUCCUCAUGCAAUUGCUUUCAAAAUUUAAGAUGAUUUUUUUUUUUAAUUUUUGUAAAUGUUUGUCUGUUGCCUGGAAGCCCUGGGCCAAGCCUGGUGCGGCUGCAGCUGCUGCAGCUCCGGUCCUCGGAGGAGCGAACGCAUUGCUCUGCACUGAGGGCUCCACACCCCACCAACGCCUGCAGAAUGGUGCAAGUGCUCAGAGACCCCAAAAGGAGCUCCUCAGAGAAAAGUAAUCACUAAGUGUUUAUGCCAAGUACAGCAUGUGGAGAAUAGCACAGAUGUCUUUGAAGAACCUGACACAGCUGACAAGGUUACAACUGGAGUAAGACCCAGACAGGUUAGGAAUACACAGGGUUAUGUGAACAGUUUGGUUCAUACACAUAACUCCUGCUGUUGUUCUUUAUAUACAUGAUAAGAACCCUGCUAAAAAAGACAAUUAAGCUGCUCCUGCCCUCAGAUGUAUUUUUAGAGUCAGUUGUUUCUGAGCUCCAAAAUACUGGUGUUGGGAGAGAUGGAAAUUGUUCAACAUAAAGGAAUGGAAGCACUACCAGGGCCCAGGGCAGACGCCCCACAGGCAGCGCUUCCAUUUGUAUGUGAACAAAAUCUGGGGGUGCAGUCAGUGCCCUCUUAAGAGCUGGAAGAAAGACCCACCCCCAGCACAGCUGGUUAGUGCUGAAGCAAAGUGCAGUAAAUCUGCUUGCCCCCAGCCAAGGCACUGCUUUUAUACCACCGUUCCCCUUGUUGCUUUAUUUCUCCCCAAGAUCUGUCAGAAAAUCCUGGGUAACCUCGAAUGUGCGCAUCGCUGAGCACAUCACUGAGCACAUCACUGAGCACAUCACUGAGCACAUCACUGAGCACACUGUCCUGCUGCAACAGCAGGCUGCUCAAGUCCUUCUGCAGUCAGUCACUAAAACAUAAAACCUUCCAAGUUCCAGUGCCAAUACCUUCUGGAGUUGCUCAGUUUCCUAAGCCAGUAUGAAACAGAAUUCCAAGUAGAACGAGAUCUUUUUACAGUGGAGCUUCCCCAUCCCCUUGUUCCUGCGUCUCCUUAUUCUGCAAGUAUCAACAACUGGACCUAAGUACAACCCUCCCAUGUCAAGGUUUGGGGAAUAGGUUCUAAGAUCCAGGCUCAGCUCAGUUCUGUUACUUCUGUUUGUGUUUCUGUUAUUUAUAAACUGUACAUUUUUGUGUGUGUGUGUGUGUGAGAGAGUGGCAGUGCCAGGUGCCCAGCUGCAGCCCCAGCCCUGAUGCCUGGCGUAGCAAUAGAGGCAAUUAAUCACAGGAGGUGCUCACAGCACCGCAGCAAAGCAACCACUAUGCGUAAUGUUUUGUGACCUGCUCCGUUUUCUUUUUCAUUCUUGCGCUUUACUAAAAUAAGAGGCUGUUCUAGUGCAAACUUGUCAAAGUGUAAACAAGACUAAAACACACUCAGAUUUUUAUCUUAAUACAAGUCUUAAUAUUUUUUGUAAAUGUUUUCAGUGUUUACUGUAACGUAUCUAUCUCACUAACGGUUGUAUAUAGUAAUUUACUUCUGGUACUGCUUAUUUGGUCAAGAUUUGGCUGUAUCUCACUGCUGUUCAGCAGAGGUGGACUCCAUCUGGCAAAUCUGGAUCCAGCCCCAGGUUAUGAUUUCAGCCUCCUCACUACGAGGGAAGGAGGAGCAGCCAGGGAUCCAGGUUUGAGGUUGGCCCACCUCAAGAAUUCUGUUUUAAGAGUUAUGAUUUGGGGUUUUGUUGAUCUGUAGCAAACAAUUCUGGAAAAAAGAAAAAAUGAUGAAAACUUUGUGUAAAGGGGGAUUAAAUGGACUGAAGGAUACUCUGGGGACUCUGCAGUCCCAUCCUUUUGGACAGGGAUUAUGGCUUAAAUGCAGUGCCAACUAACUGGAGGACUCAGGUCCUUCCCCAUGCCAAUUAAUACUACAGCACAGUCACCAGCCCCUUUUGCACCAGAUUAAGCAAAUCCUGCUGCCAUCCAAAGAGUCCUGUGUCACUCUGCAUUGUCAUUUGAGUCUGGUUGGUUUUGUUUUCUGCUUGUAAAGCACUGAUUGCACUGUGAGAACAUGCUGAGUCCGCCGGCCUGGCAGCCAGCCCGCAGGUCGCAGGACAUGGGUUCUGCUGUCAAUAUUCCCAAAGGGAGAAGGGACACAAGUGGACCUGAGUGAGACACCACGGUCUCUGCUGGGAGAGCAGCCCCCAAAUUGCAUCCAGCGCUGAGAAUGCUCAUGGGCUCCUCCUGUUACUUAAAUCCAUACCAACGUGCAACAUAAGACACACUAAGGUCUGAUCCAGGACUCGCAGCACCCUGCCCAGCGUGGAAAGUGCGGGCUCACAGCCACCACCAUUCCCCAGCCCCAGAGGACACUGCUCAGCCACAAGGCUCAUCUCUGUGGCCCUGUGCUGCUCGGAUCCAGCUGAGCCCUGGGCCAGCCCUGCAGGGCUAAGUGGCACCUUUUCCCUCGAGGAAUAUCAGAGGGAGGGGAUGGGGGAGCGAGAGAUGACAGAAGCAUGGGCUUUCCAAACCAAAUCCAGUCUUGAGAGCAUCGUACAACAUUCAGAAACAAUCAUGCUUGGAAAAAGCACUGACUUCACAGGUUACCUGAGCUGUGACAUUGCUGUAAAUUCCACGUGGUUCUGCAUCAGCUGCCAGCACCCCAAAGUGCAGUCUCCAUGUUCACAUAUUCCUUUAUCAUACAUCACUGUGUCUUAAGAUAUACCUCUCUCUGUAUAUCUGCUUAAGCUGAUACUUGUUCCUGAUAAGCAGUCGCUAUGUUUUAUAUCCUCUUAUAAAGAAAAAAAAUCUUUUUGUAAGUAUGUUUAAAAACAAAAAAAAAUGCAAAGUGGAAGUGUUUGCUGAAUCUCCUUCAGCUCCUUUUAAACUAUGUAAUAAUGUACAGAGAAAGUUGUUGGUGUUCAAAGAAAUGAUGUGGCCGUGCAAUUUAUGUACAUUUGCAAUUAGAAAUAUUAAAGAUUUAUUUAGAUAUUUUA